AUGGAAGCUGCCUGGAUUUCAAAGAACUAUGGUGACGAUCUGUACCUACAGUGCACGUGCACUCGCAUCCGAGUCCUCGAUAGAAGACUUGCUCAUUCGGGCAAGAAGGAUAAGGAUCACGGUGCUGGUUCGAUCCCUCCUCAGACUGUCCAUGCCUCUCAUCCACCUGGGGCCGGCAAAUUGGUACCAGACUUCUGUGGGAAGGGUCCACUCUCUGCAAUCCAAGUGGCAUCGCUCCAGCCCGGCUAUCUCAGGACUCCAGGGAAAAUUGCUGGACCAGCAUUCUACGACAUUCAAGAUGAAAUGAAAAUCCUGAAGCAGCAACCGAAGCCACACGUAAAGUUUGAAGGACCUUUGUGGACGAUGGAUACGAGGAAACAAAAUGGAUGA